UGUCGUGCUUGCGUGACAGCGUGAGUGGAGUAAUCCUGACAGAGGCCUCCUCGUCAGUUUGCCCUUGCCCACCGCUGCCGCCUCCGGCUCCGGCUCCGGCGAUCCCCAUCCAUCCCGCCGAGCGAGCAGGGGGCGCCGUCGUUCGUCCAGCUGCUUCCGCCGCAUCCAUCCUGUGAUGGUGAACACUGACGGUGAAGGUGGCUGUGAAGGCGGGGGUGGAGAUCCGAUGUGUGUUGACGAUAAUGCUAUCGUCGCAGUUGAGACGGGCGUUGGUGUAGAUCAAGGAAUUGGGUCGCAGCAUGACGAUGCUGGUGGCGACAGGGUCAUGGAAGGACAAGGGGCGGUUACUAACUCUGGUGAUGAAAUGGGGAUGAGGGCGUAUGGUGAUGAAGCCGAGACUGAAGAGGCAGCAACGGUUCAUGGCAGCAAGGAGGGCACCGAGGAACUACUCCGCAAGGUAGUGUACAGCGAGGAGGCGGCGUACAAGCUGUACUGUGACUAUGGGCACCGCAUGGGGUUCAGUAUCCGAAAGGGGAAGCAGUCCUACUUUACUGGCACGAAAAGGAUCAGGACCAAGGAUUACUUCUGCUCCAAGGAGGGCCUGAAGGAAGGGGAGAGGCUUACUGAUGCAAACUUCAAUGACCCACAUACUAGGACGAAUUGCAAGGCCAUGGUUCGCUUCAGAGUGAAUAACCACGGGGAGUGGAAGGUUAUCCGGCUGGUCUCUGAUCACAACCACAACUUGGCAAGACCUGAAGAACGACAUCUUUUACGGUCUGCAAGAUCACUUAUAGCAGGGAGGUCAAGUUCUGUAGAGACGUCAAAGCAAGAUUCACUCUCAUGCUACAUUAGUAUGGCAAGGACACUUGCCAUAGGGAAUGCAGAUUUGCAGAACCUUGUAAGACACCUUAAGAGCAGGGCAAAUGAAGAUGGUAUGUUCUAUUGGGAUGUUCAAAUAGACCGAGGCGGUCGGAUGACUAAUUUUUUCUGGCGUGAUGGCAGGAGCAGGAUUGACUUUGACUGUUUUGGUGAUGUUGUUGUGUUUGAUGCAACUUAUCGCUUAAACAAACAUAAUUUGAUAUGUGCUCCGUUUGUUGGUGUGAACCACCAUUGGCAGAACACCAUGUAUGGCUGUGCUCUAUUAGCUGACGAGUCUAUGUCAUCUUUUGUGUGGCUAUUUAAAUCUUUCUUGGAGGCAAUGGGCAAUCGGCAUCCUCGCUCUAUUUUUACCAAUCAAGAUCAAGUUAUGUCAAAGGCAAUUGAGGAAGUAUUUCCAAAUACAUGCCAUCGCAUCUCUCGCUGGCACAUACAAAAGAAUGCUGCUUCUCGUCUUGGUACACUUAAUGGUUCCAAAGCAUUUAAUAAGCUGUUCACCAAGUGUAUGCAGGGAUGUGACUCAGAAGCUGAGUUUGAGGAAACAUGGGCUGGGAUGCUCAGAGAGUUUAAGUUGGAGGAUAACAAAUGGCUUAAGAAACUUUAUAAACUCAAGCAGAAGUGGUGUGGUGCUCUCAACAAACACACUUUUGAUGGUGGGGUUGAAUAUGAGCCACAAUGUGACAGUCUGAGUAACAUCUUUAACUGCAUUGCCGAGAAAUUUACCUCUCCGUCUACAAUUGUUGUUGUUGUGGACAAGUUGACUGAAGAUUGGCGUGAAAAAGAGAUCGAUGAAGACACGCGGUGCAGCCAAAAGCCUCCUGCUUGUAUUAUAAAGCACAGUGAUAUUUUGAAUCAUGCAGCAAAAGUUUAUACAUACAGAAUCUACAAGUUGUUUGAGACGUAUUUUCUUGAUGGAUGUGGAGCCACAAAAUUCAAGGAGCUUCAUUGCGAAGACAAUAACAGAUAUCAAUUUGAGAUGACAAUGCAAGGGCGAGGAUCAAGAGUCUGCACAGUUCAUUUUGAUAUGAUGACAAUGCAACUCAAUUGCAGCUGUAGUAAGUUUGAAACAAUGGGUUUGCUUUGUCCACAUGCUCUUAAAGCUCUUAGCAUCAAGAAUGUGUGCAGUAUUCCAGAAACCUAUAUACUGAAGAGGUGGACCAAAGGUGCUAAGAAGUGUGUUUUUAAUCCAAAGCAAUAUGAAUCAUCCUAUCAAGAAUGUAUGGAUGAUGAAGCUGCAUACUGCAGCCAUGUUAUGCGCUAUGCUUAUGACCUUGUUACAAAAAGUCAAGGAAACGAGGAAUUGAGGAAAUCACUUUGGGAGACUCUUGAGAGUGGAGAAAAGGAAUUGGAAAAAUAUCUAGAAAAUGUUACCCAGUAUGCACUUUCCUAUGCCACUUGAAAGAAGCAUCGACUAACCUUUUAGACUUACUGCUGACAAUGAGAAAGAUGUACUUCUGGGUUCUUUAGAAGAUGUGCCCGAGUUUCCACCGACUCAGACUCAAACUGUACUCUAAGAAAUGAAAAUAUAAACUUUUGAAACAAGGUACAAGUUUGUGUAAGUCGUUAUUCUUUAAGCUUCUCUCAUCUUUGUGAAUACCCAUGAAUCCAUGUUUAUUAAAUUGAUACACAAUUCAGUGGUGUUUUUAGGAAUAUAUUGAUGGUAGCCGGUUGGAACUGGGCAACUGGCCAGUUUGUGUUAGUUAGUUUAGAUUGGUAAUAAGGCAAGUGUAGUAUGAACAUAAGUUAGUUUAGAUUGGUUUAUUUUGUGUUGAAUGACGUUUCUGAAGUCUGAACACCUCUUAUGACAA